GUGAUGUGUUAAAGCGCGGCGCUGCUCCCGAGUGUGUCCAGAUGGAUGAUGUUCGUCACGUCACCAGGAUAUUCAGGCAGCAAACACACUCAACGCACCGAGUUCCACUCACACACAACUCCUUCCUCGUCGGGGCUUGUUUCCAGAUGUGCUGAGAAUUGGAAAUAAACUGAAGCGUUUGGAUCAAAGGAGACACGUUUUAAUCGCAUCAUCAAGCAUUCAAGUGUGCCCUAGCACACUAUGGGAGAUAUCGAUAAGGCUGGAGCAUCAGACACGGUUGAUGUAACGCGCGUUUGAGGAGAUGUCAACUAGUGGCAUGCGUUUCAGAAGAGAAAUUAAACCUUAGAGUGCUCUUCAAACCACUGGAGAUUAUCAGAGAAAGUUUGUGAUGGAUUUCAACAUGACUCCUGGUGAAAAUUCCAGUAAUUCAUCUCAGCAUUUAAAUGCAGACAAUGAAGAGCAAUAUCACAAUGUCCUCAUGCCAAGCAUUUAUGGAGUCAUCUGCUUCGUGGGCAUUAUAGGCAACUGUAUUGUCAUCUACACUAUCGUCAAAAAGACAAAGUUCAGAGCCCAACAAACAGUGCCCGACAUCUUCAUCUUCAGCUUGUCCAUUGCAGAUCUUCUGUUCCUCCUGGGCAUGCCGUUCCUCAUUCACCAGCUGGUGGGCAAUGGCUCCUGGUGUUUUGGUGCCACCAUGUGCACCGUUAUCACAGCGCUGGACUCCAAUAGCCAAAUCGUGAGCACUUAUAUUUUAACAGUCAUGACUUUGGACCGAUACUUGGCGACAGUUCAUCCCAUCCGCUUUAAUCACAUUCGCACUCCCCGUGUAGCCGUGGCAGUGGUAGCGCUGGUGUGGAUUCUCUCACUGCUCUCCAUCACACCGGUGUGGAUGUACGCGGGUCUCAUGCCCCUACUGGAUGGAUCAAUGGGAUGUGCUCUGCUUCUUCCCAAUCCAGCCACAGACACCUACUGGUUUACUCUCUACCAGUUUGUGUUGGCGUUCGCUUUGCCGUUGGUGAUCAUUUGCGUGGUGUUUUUCAAGAUCCUCCAAAACAUGGCUGCCACAGUUGCACCACUGCCACAACACAGCCUACGUGUGCGCACUAGAAAAGUCACUCGGAUGGCAGUCGCCAUUUGCCUGGCGUUCUUCAUUUGUUGGGCACCUCAUUACAUCUUGCAGUUGGCACAUCUGAACGUACAACGUCCCAGCUAUGCGUUUCUAUUUGCCUAUAAUGUCGCCAUCAGCAUGGGCUACGCCAACAGUUGCAUCAAUCCUCUUCUCUACAUCAUGCUUAGUGAGACUUUCAAAAGACAGUUUAUUGUAGCCAUCCGGCCGGCCCACAAGGACUUCCGGGCUGAUCCGGCCGAGGGGAGCGUCAGUCUGCGUUUGGCCCCUGACGUGGCCCAGCAGUCCCAAUCAUCCCGAGAGCUGCUGCCGGUUACUGUGGCUGUGCAUUGACAAUAUUAUUUCACCUGGGAAUCUGCACUGAGUCACACGAACACAUUCUUUGUGUCCAUAAUGAGCUUGCGGCUAGAGAGACGACUAUGAAGCGUCUCGCAGAAUUGCUCAUUAACAGGUUUUAAGGGUCGAAGGGGACAUGUGAUGAUGCACAUUUUCCUUGGCACAUUUAUGUGCCGUGAAAGAGAUAUGAUGCUAACAAGACCCAAUUACAGCAAGGCUUUUAUAUCAGCUCUAAAUAUUAGAGAUUAAAAACUUUGGGGUUGGUGUGAGAUUUUUUAAUUGUUUAUUUCUCAUGAAGAUUGCAGUUAAAGAGUCUUAUUGUGACAUAAUUCUGUGAUUUAAUGUCUGUUUUUAAUAGCUGUGCUCCACUGAAUAUAUUUUGAAAUGUUAUUUAUUCCUGUGAUGACAAAUCUGCUUAGCCGUAAGUUAGCAGUGUUAUGUACAAUCCUUCAGAAAUCAUUCUGAGAUGCUGAUUUGGCAAUCAUUGGUGAUAAUUGCUACUACUGGAUGUUGCGAACAGUUGUGCUGCUUAAUGUUUUUGUGGAAACUGUGAUACCUUUUUUUAGGAUACUUUGAUGAAUAUAAAGGUCAGCAUUUAUUUUAAAUAGAAAUCUUAUUAUGCAUUUAAUGCAAGAAUUUUUAAAAGGAUCCCAAACAUUAUAUGUAUGUCAAGGACAAAAACUGUUUAAUUGUUCAGCUUCUUUGAAAAAAUGAAAAGAAAAAAUAUGGAUGGAAAUGUUCCAUCAUCAGCAUAGCAUAUAUUUUUAUGUAAAAAUGAAACAGUAUACUUAAUCUGGCCACAAAUGACUAAAAACGUCUUAAUUUGUAAAAUUUGCCAAAUUUGUAAAUCCCAGCCUGAUCUCACAAGGAAGCGUAAGUAUUUUACGUUUUGUCAUUUUAGUGGCUAAUUCAUACAAAUUCAUACAAGGUCAGUCGUACGAAACUGUACAGUUUUUAAAAGGAGGCCCAACCCCACCCCUAAACUCAACCAUCAUUGGGGGACAAGCAAAUCGUACUAAAUUCAUACGAAUUAGCCACUAAAUCAAAAAGUUACGAAUUGCCAUUAGAUUGUGUUGGUAAAUCCAACCCAGGCUCAUUCUGUAAACGUACCCCUAUAUACAUUUCUGGAGAGCGCCAAAUAGGUACCAGGAGCGAAUCAAAAACUACUACUGUCACCCCUGGCUUGUUUGUUUUGGGACUCAUGGAGUUGCGCAUUGAUGGAUUUGCUCUUCAGUGUUUGGACUUUCAGAAGUGAAAAAUUAAACCACACUCAACUAAACUGAACUGAACUUCAACUCGGAAAUCUGGACUGACACAGUUUCAAUUUACUAGAACUUCUAUGUUAAGCUGCUUUGACACAAUCUACAUUGUAAAAAGCACUACAGAAAUAAAAAUGAAUUGAAUUAAAUAUAUAAGGCUACGUUUUCAGAAUGAGC